CACUCCUCGUUCAAAAUGAAGGACUUGGGAAAGCUAACAUAUUUUUUGGGUUUGGAGGUAAGCUAUGGAAAGGAAGGCAUACGAUUGAGUCAACAAAAGUAUGCAGAAGAUCUAGUUCAAUUAGCCAAUCUUAUUGAUCAUAAGAAGGUUCAUACUCCAAUGGAAGUGAAUACAAAAUACAAAAAGGAGGAAGGAGAGAUUUUUGGAGAUCAGACCUUGUAUAGACGUCUAGUUGGAUCACUUAUAUAUCUUACUAUGAGUCGUCCUGACAUCUCUUAUGCAGCACAGGUGUUAAGCCAAUUUGUUACCAAGCCUUACAAGAUGCACUACACUGCUUUGCUCAGGGUUAUUAGAUACAUAAAAUGUACUGUAAAUCGGAGUCUCUUAUUCCCAUCAUCUUCAUCGUUGGACAUGGUGGGAUACGCUGAUGCAGAUUGGGCAGGAUGCCCUGAUUCAAGACGAUCCACUACAGGUUGGUGCAUGAUGCUUGGCUCGUGCAUGAUCUCUUGGAAGUGCAAGAAACAAUCUCGAACAUCGAAGUCAUCCACAGAGGCAGAAUAUAGAAGUAUGUCUGCUGCAUGCUCUGAAAUCAUUUGGCUGCGAAGGUUGCUAUCAAAACUUGGCAUCGAAAUGAAAGGAUCAACCACAUUGUAUGGAGACAACACUAGUGCAAUCAGAAUAGCAACAAACCCCGUUCAUCAUGAAAACACCAAGCACAUAGAUGUAGACUGUCACUACAUUAGAGAACUGGUUGAAGAUCGGAGUAUUAGCCUGAAGUAUAUAUCCUCUAAAGAUCAACUGGUUGACUUAUUUACGAAGGCCAUGUCAAGAAGUAGACACAAUUAUCUGUUGUCCAAACUCAUGUUUUGUGAUACACAACAUUAGUUUGAGGGAGGGUGUUGACUAUACCUUAUUUAUCGACACUAGAUCAGGGAUCUCCCCCAAAAUCAGGGAUCUCCCAUUAUGGCUAACGGUCAUUAGCUUGAAAUCAGUAGAUAAUUAGGACUCUAUUACUUGUAUAAAUAUCUUGUAAAUCCUACAGUUUUAUUAUUCAAUAAACAU